AGAAGUCUGUGGCUGAAGCAUGGACUCGGAAUAGUACCCCCAAGUAAUCACACUGAUUAUUCUCUUCGAUUCAAUAAUUUAUAUAAAAUUGUUGAGGUACUGCCUGAGGCUACGCCGGCGCGAGCCGCGGCGAUAAGCCGACGGGAAGUUUUCUUUUCGAUCUCUCGCGGGAUUGGUUUACAGCAAGGUUAACGGCUUCGGGGAUUUCCGAUGUCUUUGUAUAUUGGUAAUCUAUCAGCUCGCACACGCAGAGAUGAACUUGAACGUGUCUUCAGGAGGUUUGGGCGGUGUAACUUGCAGCUGAAAGAUGGAUUCGGUUUUGUAGUAUAUGACUUUUCCCUGAAUGCUGAGAAAGCUUUGAGAGCACUAGAGGGUAGAAACAUUUGUGGGGAGCCAUUAAACCUUUCAUGGUCAAAUAAGCAGCCUAAACCAUUUCAAAAGUAUGGAAGAGGUGCCAGAGGAUAUGAGUUACGUGGGAGGAAUUCUGCUAGUAGAAAAACAAGUUUAAAUGAUUGGCGGGAUUACAGAUCAGAUAUUAAGCCACCAGAUGGUAAUGGUGCAAGGCUUAACUCCGAAGAACUGCUUGAUGAAGGCAGAGAUUUCCAUCAUGAAAAUAUAGAAGAUUACAAUGGACAAGAACUUUACAAUUUUAGGGAAGAUUUACCAGCCGAUGGUGGUGGUGGUGUACCCAAGAUGGUGGACAAUGGUAGAUGGGGUGAGCAAGUUGAUGACCUGGCAAAUGACAAUGGGGAUACUAAUGGGAUGAUGUUCGAUAGAUAUGAACCUUACCAGGGUUACGAUAGGAAUGAUAAAGAUGAAAUUCGUUUGAUGGCAAAUUCUGAUGGUACUGCUCGUCGGAGUCUUCACGAAAAUGUAAGGAGAGACCAUGAUAAUGAUACAAUUUUGAACCGCCAUAAUGUUUCAAAAUCCCAGCAAACUUGUUAUAGCUGUGGGGAUAGAGGUCAUAAAAUGCGAAAUUGCCCCAGACAACAUCCUCCUCGGAAAAGGUUUACAAGGUUCAAUCAUAGGCAAGAUGAUGACAUUAAAACAAGAAGUCGACAUGAAGGCAGGCUAGAAAGAUUUGGAUCCAAGCCCUGGGAAAGGAUGCAGUCAGGUAGAGAUACUGCAUUGAGGCACAGGAAUGAUAGUAGGACAUCUGAUUCGGGAAAGGUUCAAAUGUUGGUGAAUCGAAAUUCUCCUUUAAUAAAGCAAACUGAUAGGCCUCAAAGAAAGGAACAUGGAGGAAAGAAGAGAAGUCGGAGGGAAACUGGAUCUCCUAAAAGAUAUAGUGCAAAGAGAGCGAGGAGGUCAGUUUCAUCACCUUUACAUUCUGGAUAUCCUGUCUCAAGAUCACACUCAACUUCAAAAUCCGUGCCAAGGUCGAUUUCGCGAUCGAGAUUGAGAUCCAUAUCUUCUGGAGCUGAUUCUUUGUCAUCCAAGUCAAAAUCUAGCUCAAAGUCGCACUGUUCAAAAUCUAGACGUCCCAAGUCUAGGUCAAGGUCAAGUCCUACUACUUCGUUGUCUCUGUCUGUAUCUCUUGGCCAUCUACCAUCCUCUACUGGCAGGGCACAGCUGAAUCACAAAGGCUUAGGUAAAGCUACCGGUGCCAGUACUGAAUUCAAGGACAUUGAGGAUGAACAAAGAGAACUGAUAGAAAGUGAUGGCUUCUUUGAGAAAGCGGACAUCGAAAAUACAACAGUUGCUAUGAAUGGUGAAAAUGCAGUGUCACAAUUCAACAUGGAAGAGGUUACGAGAGAGAACCAGCCUUUAUGUAGGGGCGAUGAUGUAACAUCUAGGUCAUCAUUUGAAGUAACAAAUCCUGGCACCCCCCUACCAGAGACAAGCACCCUUGCUGCUGGGAGUUUGUCUCCAGAGGGUAUGAAAGAGACUUUGGAUCAUCAAAAUUCCAGUGCCUUGAUCACAGCGCAUGUGCCAAAAACAAUAGAGCAAUCAGAUUCAGAAUCCAAUGCCGAUGCAGGCCGCUCAACAAGCAUAUCCAUGGAAGAGUUGUGCAUGGCUCUGAAGCACUAUGGUCUGGAACUCCCGAAGGAAAACGAAGGACAUUUAUCCAUAGAGGCUUACUUUGGUUCUGCUCGCAUGUGGCCUUGGCAGAUUAUCUAUUACCGGAGGAUUAGAAAGGGCCCAAUUUCAAUUCAAAACUAUGCCAGGCGGGUUGCUCAGAAUCAAGAAUUUGGUAUUGCUGAUAGGUACAUAAGAAGUAGUAGCGGAUGGGGAGAGGUGGAUCAGCACAAAAAACAUUUUGUUGGUUAAUAUCACCAAGUCAUUCUUCUUCUCUCUUCAGGUGCUUGUAAUUCAGUUUUUAGGGCCAGCAAUAGCGGGCCCAUAAAAGGAUCGCUCAUAUUUAAUAUUACACGUCUUAUAAUUUUUCUCUUUAAGAAAA